AUGGUUGUUCCCGAACCUCCCAUGACAUUGGAGGACCAUUGCUCCCUUAUUCACAACAACACACUUUAUACCUACUCAGCCAAUGGCUUUGCUUCUAUCGCCCUCAGUGAGAAUGCGACCUGGAGCAAUCUCACCAUGGGAGAACCCGUCUCCGGCGCAGCAUGCGUGAAAAACAAAGAGUCCCUGUACGUUGUCGGUGGAACCAGCUCAUCCUCGUCCGAUUACACAGGAUUGCAACGAUAUUCGUUCCAAGACGACAAAUGGAAAACAAUCACGCCAACGUCCAAAGACAUGGCCAACCGCACCAACCACGGCGCCGUCUUCUUCGAAUCCUCCUCCUCCAUCUUUGUCUAUGCUGGUAAUCGCGACGGUAGCUCUACUCCAACCUCCGAUACCUUUGUCAUCAACACCGCCGAACCGUAUAACGUCUCUUCAUACAGUGGUGCCGACGCAUCGCCUGCUAGUGCCCCUAUCUUAUUACCCUGGAGCGAUGAUCAAGCCGCUUUGGUUGGUGGUACGACAACGGCCCGAAAAGUUCACUUGUUUAAGUUCAAUGGCACCGGUGACUGGUCAGAUUCAGGCGCAACUCUACCUCAGGCGCUGUCGGAUGACGUCAAAGCCGCUCUAAUCAAUGGGUCCGAUAGCAGCAAGGUGCUCCAAUCGUUCGACAUGAGUGAAUCGCCCAAUACGGUUAAGAGCUUGCUGUUGGUGAACCCCGGUGGCAAGCCUGCAGACCCAGCCAAGGCGCUUGGCGCAUCUUCCAGAAAACGUUCCAGGCGGAGGGCCAUCAGCGUGGACAAUUACCCGAAAUAUAACGAUCAAUAUGCGUCUUCAAAGACUUGGUCGCAGUUUUCGCUAGCCCAGGACGACGGUGGUAAGCUGGUGGCCAUUUCCGGCGGCAGUGGUACCAACUCGUUGGCCCUCUUCAACCAAACCUCGAAUAGUUGGGUGAACGCCACCAAACUCUUCUACGGCGACAAAUCUAUGCAGCAAAUUCUUUCCUCACCCUCCUCAUCGACCACUGCGACUCCCACCAGUUCCAGCUCUGCCUCCAGCACUCCCUCUGCCGUUGCUGGUGGUGAUGGAUCUAACAGCGGUAAGGUCGGCACCAUCGUCGGCGCAACACUGGGAAGUGUCAUCGGUUUCGCCGUGAUCUUGGUUGCGAUCCUGUUCUUGCUGAAACGCAAGGAUAAGCAAAAUAUGGCUGGCCAAGGUCGCGGAGGUUCCGAUGACAAGGAUCGAUUGAGCAUUCAAGACCAAGGCGAGCCUCUAACGCGAUCUGCGUACCCCAUGGCCAAGAGCCAAGCACCGUUGGGAUCGUCGUCGGUCGACUCGUUGGCGAUCUUCUCAGGCAAGCUUAACGACGAGAAGAAGUCUCAGGCAGCACCGGCCGCGCACCCUGUCUACGGUGGAAAGCCGCCGACUAAGAGCCCUCUGUCGACUGUACAGUCCAGCCGGGAGCUCCUCAGUGGACCAUACACACCAGAUGCGGACAAGGCUCUUGAGGCCGGAGCUGGAGGCUGUCCAGGAGAUCGGAGGACUGACGAAGGCUGGGGAAAGUACUUCCAGGACAACAAUGCCACAGACUUGGUUGGCAUACAACAACAAGACGAACCGACAGCGAGCGCAGACCUAGCCAAAUCCGAACGACGGGGCAGCGCAUGGCCCAUGACGACACUCACCCCGCUCAACUUUGGAUUUCUCGAAGAACCCAAACCAUUGGGACGCGUAGUAACUGGCAGCCCGACGACCGAACAUCCCUCAUCCGCCACAGACGGUCACCUCGUGAUCCCAGAGGGCCAGUCUGCCCGCAUCUCCAGCGCAGACUCGAUCAGCCUGGCAUCAGACGACAACAGCGAAUACGACCGCAGCCGGUAUUCAUCUGGACACGAUAAUUACUUCGGCCGUCCGGUCAGCAGCAUGUACAGCCAGAGCUACUAUGCCAGCACGAACAACGUGUCGUCAAUGGCAGCACCACCGGCGCUGUACGAUGGUGUUCGUUCGUCACAAGCACGGCAGUCGAGUGUCAUCAUCCCGAAUACACUCGACGAAAAUGGGCCGCCGAUCCGAAAUCAGACUAACGUCAAUACGGAUAUGAGCUGGCUUAAUCUGAACGCCGACCGCUGAGCUCGCUGAAUACGUUUGAUUUCGUUCAUUUAUUGGUUAUGACUGUACAUGGUUGCAUUCUUUAUUGGUUUUCGUGUGUUUUGUUUUGAUUCUGUCUUGUCUCGAAGAUGAAGUGGAAGAAAACGAAAAGUUCCAACUCGUUCUCGUUUUUUUCUCGUUCUCGUCGUGGGUGUACAGCUUUGCCACUAUCUUUUUUGUUUUAUUUUAUUUUCAGCUCUGUUAGAUACCUGUCCUGUCUGUGUCUGUUUGCCUAUGUCUGUCAUUACCGCGAUCUUGUCUUGUCUGAUCUUGUUCGUGUCAUCUUGCGCUAUCUGGGAUAUUUGGAAAGGGACUGUCAAUUUAUUCGAUCAUUCAAGUGCAGCAAGCAAUCUCAGUCUAUCGAGCGUUGAGCGUUUCUAUUAAAUUAUAUGCAUCAAUAGUAAUCGUUUCUACGGAGUUCUAC